CUGUAUUGGAUCUGUAUAAAAUUUGGGGCGCUGCGAUCAAUGCAGAGUUGCCGAUCAUCCCGUGUAUUUAUUAUACGACUUUUUGAUUUCGAUAACUUUUAUUAUGGAAAAUUACGGAAAAGAUGUUUAAAGAAUAUUUAAUAAACUUUGAUCACAAUCUGAAUGCAAUUAUUCUAUUAAUUAUAAUAAUUCCCACUCAGUACAUUGUGGAAUGUACGAGGAGGAGCUACUGUGUUACGCAGCUCUGCAUGAUGCCACCCGAAAAAUAUCUAAUAAACACGAAGAAUUCGUGUCUUAAUCACUAUCAACGUAACAUUUUACCACUUGACGUAAGAUAUGAAUUGUUCAAUGGAAAUAUAUUCACGGUUAAAAGAUAUAAAUCCAUAUUUCGUAUUUUUACUCGGUAGCAUGUAUACGUGGCAACAGAGCAAAGUUGUCGAGUGCUCUGUCACUUCCUAGUCAAAAGAAAUUCUUCAAGCACAAACAAUAAUAUAUUUACAGUGUUAAAAUAGUGAAAUACGGUGUAACUCUGAAAGAGUGCUGUCAAAUAUCCCGACGAUAUAUUUAACUGUCUGUCAAGAUAUUGAUAGAGAAUCUUUCUCUAUGUAUAUUAACGUAUCAGCAAGCGUCGGUUUAUGUAUUACAUGUGCAACUUGUAUUAAACUCCACGAUUAGCCUUUAACGAGUGUAUGUGAGAACAAAUACCAGUUAAAAUUUGUUAAAAACAUGUUGCACGUUAAUUAAUUUAUUAAUCUCAGUGCAUAAGAUAAAUAUACACGCACACCUUUGUACGAGUGAAUAUGUAAACAUAUAUAUGUGUACACACACUUAUUUGCAAAGGUGUUGGAAUUUACAAAUAUUUCAAAAAGUCGAUAAAAACGAGAAUCAAUUAUACCUGCACGUUGUCAUGAUUGAAAUACCUAUGGUUUCUAUAAAUGAAACAAGCUAAUGUUGACUGUAUUUCACGUUGAAUUUACACGAUAUAUCGUCUUUUGGAACAUUUUAUAUAUUAUGAAGAUAACCUGAUGAAAGAACAUCAUAGACUAUGAAGAGAAAGCACCAAGAAUAGUAUUGCUAAUGGUGCUCUGGCACUGUUAUUACUUUCCUCCUAACAACACGAUGGAGGAGCCAGCAAAGAAGAAACAACGUAUCGAGAAUAAUGAAGUUGGAAGAGAUACGAUAUCGGAUAUUGAGCAGUUACAGAAUAGUUUGUUAGCACAAUGUUUAUGUAAUGUACCAGAAAGUAGUCUACGUAAACCAUUCACAAGUGCAACAGUGGAAGCUGCUGAUGGUACUUUUCGAUCUUCGUUGUUAUCAGAGUGGGAAUCUGAUCAAACAUUAGAGUUUAUAAGUGCUUUACAGCUUUUAUUCGAUUUAGCUAUUAAGCAAAACACUAGAGGUGUUAUGUGCAGAAGAGUGGUAGAUGUUUGUGAUGCGCUGGCGCGAAACGAGCAUGGCAUUAUAGAUCAAAUAAUUGACCUAUCCUCUACAACAAACAAAUUUAUAUCAUUUGCUGCUAGUAGAGUUCUUGCAUCAUUUUUUAUUGUAACAAAGGAAAAUAUUGAAGCAGCAUGGUUAGAAAAACUAACUCAAUCUUUGGUAAAUACCCAUUCUCCAAGUCAAAUGUUGUUUACUUUAGAUGUUGUAAAAAGAGUCGUAGAACACAAGGACUGUGGUAUUCAUCCUCUUGAAGAUACAGAAACUAUGGUGACACCAUCACAUUGCAAUACAAUAUCAGUUUCAGAUGCAGAAAGUUUUGAUAGUACACCUGUAAAAGCUAUGUGUGUCAAAGCAUUAGAAUCUAAAUGGACCAUAUUAGUAUCAAAAUUUGAUGCCAUUCUUAGUUCAUAUACACCUCAACAUGAGUCAGUUGUUAUUACGUUUUUUGAUUUAUGGGAGUCAAUUAUUUCUGUAAAAGCUAAUUUGUCUGUUAUUGAUACCAAACUUUUCUAUUCUCAAUUAGAUAAUUUGGUUGUACUUUUAAAUGCUAGUGUUCCUGGUGUAAUUUGGAGACAUCUUCUGGGAUUAUUUAAUGAAGUAUUGUGUUAUGGAAGCACUUUAGCAUUGCAAGAUGUACUUCCAGAUGAGCCUUGUUCUCUUGCACAUUUGAUUGUGCGUGCUGUAAAAGAUUGGAGAUUAUUAGAUGCCUUACCAUAUCGGCAUGGUUCUGGAAGAUUUGGAGGUGGUUCUGGUGAAGGAGAUCGGCCUCUUUUACAAAAGAUUGUGCUUUUAGUUUUAAAAAGUGUUGCUGUGACAGUUAAAGAGACACGUAGCGAUUCUAGUGACUCUUCCUUGGGUUCAGAAGCAGAAGAUCUUGAUGCUGAUAUGGCAGUCAUUGAGAGAAGUAUAAGAGAAGUUUUAAGACAACUUGAUCAGUGUGUUAAAACAUUAAUGCCAUUUCAUCCUGAAAUGCCUUUGUCACAAUGGGUUGUGCAAAUGUUUCAUGAUCAGGAUGAUUUUCUGAUCGAAGGCAUGGUAUGCUGCUUGGAUGUAGCAGUUGGUUUGUUUUAUAGAGGACCUCCACAAAAUGAUCUUGGUCAUAUGCUUAGUCCAACUUUAACUUUUGUACAAUUUAUACACGCGGUAUCACAUGACCCAGAUGUUCUGUUAGAUUUACUUGUUAGUAAUGAAACAUGUUUCUUAUUAUACUUAUUGAGAUUCUUGAAAUAUGUUAAAAGAAAUUGGACAGAGUUUGUCUCCUGUUGUGGAAGAGAAUUAGAUGAUACCAUGACAAUAUUAAUAAGACUUCGUUUAGCAAUUGACAGAUUAGUAUCUAAAGCUUUGUUUCCUUAUAACAUAAAUCCAGUUCUACGUUUGUUAGAAAAAUGUGAGUCCUUCUAUGAAGGUAAUAUAGAAAACUAAUUAUUUGGUUGUAUGAUGAGAUUCGAAAUUCAAUUUAUUAGAUUAAUGUACAAACUGUAAGAAUAAAGAAUUUGUCGUCUGGCUUAUUUUAUCAGCCAGAAAAUAAUACUUGUAUAGCCUUGUUAACUUCGUUUAUUCAUAAACGACUGAAUUAUAUUAAUGUCGUGUGUAGCGCUGAAUACCUAAAUUAAUAUUAGAGGAUUCAGAAGAAAGGAUUUUAUUUAUUAUAUUUAGCAAAAUUUUAUUCAUUCAGAAGUAUUGUUGAAUUUUUUAUUCAAGAACUAUGUAUUGCAUUUCAUAGUUGAAGUAUAAAUGGGUUUAAGUAGUACAAAGAUUAGCUAAAAUUAUAUGCUUCACAAUGAAAUUGCACUUCUAUGGUGCUAUGAGAACGUGUUUGCCAAAGCACCAUUGGAAAUAAAUUUUAAAUGUAUACUAUUAGAAUAGUAUUUAUAUGUAUACAUAAAACUAAUUGUACAAUUUGCCAGUCAAAUAGAAUUGUAUAAGCUGGAUUCCGAUGUGCACCAUUUUAUGUAUUGAAUGCUCUUGUAUAUUACAUUAAAUUUGUACUCAAAUUUAUAAGAAUAUAUUUGGUCACUUUCUGAAAGUUUUUAUACAGCUAAUUGAAAGAACAUGUAUUAAAAUUUCUAAUUUUAAUAUUGUAAAAGUACCGAAUAUUAGAGUUAGACAUGUAAAUAUAUUAAAUUAUAUUGGCUUUUAAAAAUUUUAUAUCAGAGGCAUUGACGAAACAUUUAAUUGUAUCUGUUAAUUCGAAAAAAAAACAAAUAAAUUCGUUUGUCUGUUCUUUAACUGACAAUUGUAAGAUAAUUUUAAGUUCUUUCUUUUCUGUUCUGUCCAUUUAACUAAAUACAAUUGUACAAAUCAGUAAUAUCAAAAUCAAAUAUUCUGUCAUAUUGUCAUGAUUUAUUAACAUUGUAUAAAUUACAAUAUUGUAAAAUAUUGGAAGUAUGUAAAUGUAAAGCUACUGGCAAUUAUAAGUUGCUGACAUUUGAAGUUAUGCCAGUAUUAAUAAAUUAUUAGAUUUUGAAUGGCAAUGAUUGCUUCUAAAUUAAUGUUAAGAACAAUAUUUGCCAUCAUUAUUUUGAUAUUGUUAACAAAUUAAAAUAUUUGUACAUAUCAAUUGUAUUAUUCAUAAGUUAAGAUUAACUUUGUAAGUAUGAUAUGUAUAUGUA